AUGGGAACUACAAUGUCAGGAAACCAAGGAAGAAAGCGACAGCGCAUCUCAACUCCUGAGCACUCAGAAGCUUUAAAGGAACCAUCAACUUCUCAAAAAAAUACACCAACCACCAUUACAAUCACCGAAGAAAUGCGUGACUCCAGUAAUGAAGGAACUUUGGUAUCAUUACUGAAUGAGCGUGAGAAGUUGAUUAAAGAAACACCACGGCUGGAAAGCAAUGUGAAGGCAUUCAGAUAUUUUAUGAGUGGUCUCACAGCUAUGAGUGUUGAAAGGCAAGGUGGUGUGUGUGAUGACGCCAAAUGCAUACGUACAGUAACGUUAUAUCAUGCUGCUGAUAAUUCCUUUAGUGGCAAAGGACUAAAUGAAGGUGCUCUUUCCUCACUCUGUGGUCGCAUUCAAGCUGAGAAAUUAACCAUCACAAUGUCAGAAGGUGAGAAAUUUGACUUACAAGGAGUCAGUGAGCUAAAGCAGUUGGAAGAGUUACGCAUUGAAUACCCACGUGGAAAACUUGUGAAUAUGAUAUCUUUGAAGAGACUGCACAUGUUGAAAAGGCUUUAUCUUAAGAGUAACAACAUUGACGACAAUGACGUUAGCCAUUUAUUCAAUAUUGUAACGUUGGAGGAUUUGGUUGUUGCUGACACCAUGCAACUGACAAAUAUCAAAGGAAUCUCUCGCUUGACUAACCUGAAGUGUCUUGAGUUUAAUUACACAAGCAUUGAUGAUAGCUGUAUAGAGGAAAUAUGUGAAUGUGCUACACUUUCCAAGCUGAGUGUAUCUGAAUGCAACAGCCUCACGGAUGUAACACCAAUUUCACAACUUGCAGCACUAGAAGAGUUGAAUCUAAGCAAUUGCUACCACAUAACGAAGGGAAUAGGAGCACUUGUAAGGUUGUUGCGACUGCGUGCACUUGACUUGAGUGGUGUCUCUGUGGAAGAUAAUUUUCUUAAGGAUUUGUGUGAUUGUGGACCGCUGGAAAGGCUGAACCUUUCUCAUUGCAUUCAGUUGACAGAUAUCAAUCCACUCUCCAACGCCACUGCUAUUCAGGAAUUGAACCUUAACCGUUGUCACCGAAUAACACAGGGGAUAAGCGUUGUGUGGGAAUUACCAAAGCUACGCGUAUUGCACAUGAAGGACAUGCACCUGAGCGAGUCAUCUCUUGAUUCGGUUGGAACUAGCGAAUCACUUGUAAAAUUAAGUAUUGAAAACUGUGCAGGUUUUGGUGACAUGACACUCUUAUCCAGCUUUGUUGCACUCGAGGAACUGAAUAUUCAAAAAUGUGCUGAUAUCAUUAGUGGUGUGGGUUGCCUUGGUACACUACCGUACCUGCGUGUACUUAACAUAAAGGAAGCACACAUCUCUUCCAUUGGCUUUACUGGUAUUGGUGCCUCAAAAUCCCUUUUACAGCUCACUAUAGAGAGUACCACGGGACUGAGUGAUGUGGAAGCACUCGCUAACAUUUUAACUCUGGAAAAACUAAGCCUUCUCGGUUGCAAUGGUAUUGACGCUGGAAUUGGAUGUCUCGGUAACCUGCCACAGCUUAAAGUGUUGGAUCUGUCUGGUACAAAUACUGACAGUGAUUCUCUCAGAGGUCUAUGCGUAUCACAGACAAUAGUGUCACUCAACCUUUCCCAUUGUUGGAAAGUAACAAGUGUGUUCCAUAUUUCAGCCCUUGAAACAUUGAAUGAACUGAAUUUAAGUGACUGUAUUAGGAUAAAUGCAGGAUGGGAAGCACUUGAAAAACUUCAGCAGCUACAUGUGGCAAUCCUCUCGAAUACACAUAUUACUGAUAGAGACAUAUCUCAUUUCAGCAAGUGCAAAGAACUUGUUACGCUGGAUCUUUCUUUCUGCGAUGAGUUAUUUGAUAUUACAUCCCUCUCCAACAUCACUACGCUUGAGGAUUUGAAUCUUGAUAAUUGUUCAAAGAUUAGAAAAGGGCUGAGUGUUCUUGGAGAGCUACCACGGCUUCGUGUGUUGAACGUGAAGGGUGUCCACUUGACGAAUUCUGUUAUUGGAUCACUAGGGAAUGGCAAAUCAUUUGUCAAACUUAUUCUUGAUAAUUGCAAAGGAUUAAGUGAUGUCACAUUUCUUUCGAGCCUUUCAACACUUAAGGAACUGAAUCUUCACCACUGUGACGCGGUAACCUCUGGAAUUGGAACGCUGGGAAGGUUAUUGCAGCUUCGUGUACUGGAUUUGGGAUGGACAAAAAUUGAUAAUAAUUCCCUUGAGGAUAUCUGCGCGUGCUCAAGCCCACUUGUAUCAUUAAACCUUUCGCAUUGUAAGGAAAUAACAUCUAUUUCUGCGAUAGCUUCCCUUAAUGCAUUGGAGAAACUCAACAUUGACAACUGCUGUCAUGUAACAUCCGGCUGGAAUGUAUUUGGUACACUUCACCAACUGCGUGUGGCCGUACUGUCGAACACACGAAUUAAUGAUGAAAACAUACGGCACAUCAGCGAGUGCAAGUCUUUGAAUACACUCAACCUCGCAUUUUGUAAUGACAUAACGGACAUCACGGCACUUUCUAACAUUACUAUGCUCAGGGAAUUGAACAUUGAUUGGUGCUUCAAUAUCGAGAAAGGUGUCGAAGCUCUUGGAAAGCUGCCUAAGCUUCGCGAGCUAGAUGCAAAGAAAUGUGGAACAAGUGUUAGAUGGAUGCAACAAUAUCCUUACAACACACUCUUCAAAUCACUUGUGAAACUGAAUCUCGAGAAUGGACGUGAAUCAUUUUGUGUGGGAACUCUCUCCUCAACUGCUAUAGUUGAAGAAUUGCUGCUGGGACGCGCUUGUGAGCCGUAUCAUCUACCCCCAAUCUCCAGCCUAAGACGACUUCGUGUACUGAAUUUGGAUGAUGGAAGGGUCUGUGACAUAUGGCUUGAGGGGAUCUCUCAAUCCAAGUCACUGCAGUCACUUAACGUAUCAAACUGUAAUUAUAUAACCGAUAUAUCAGCAUUAUCUUCCCUAUCAACGUUGGAGGAACUGAAUGUUAACUGCUGCGAUCGAAUACGAAAAGGUUGGGAGGCAUUUGAAGCUCUGACUCGACUACGUGUAGCAACCCUUUCCGUAACUUGGGUUACCAACGAAGGCAUACGUCUCCUCAGCGGGUGCAAAAAUCUCAGAAAUUUGGAGCUGUACUGUUGUGGAGAUGUGUCCAAUAUCGAGCCGAUAAAUAACAUUAAGUCACUGGAAGAGCUCACCAUUCAGAACUGCCAUAACAUUAAUGAAGGUCUGCUCAAGGUUGGAAUGCUACCAAGGCUACGGGUAUUGGUUUUAAGGAAAUUACAAUCCACUUAUUUCUCCCUCAGUUCACUAGGAGAGAGCAAAUCUCUAGUGAAACUCACUAUCGAAGGACCUGAAGAACUAUGCGACAUCAAACUUAUUUCCAACAUUGCAACACUUAAGGAACUGAAAAUCGCCCAUGGUGACCGAUUAUUGAAUGAUGUAGGGGAUCUUGGAAAACUGCCAUGGCUUCAUGUACUAACCCUGAGCCAUUUCAACAUGGGAAAUACCUGUUUUGAGAGUGUCUGCAAGAUUCGAUCGUUGAAAUCACUUGACAUUACCCACUCAUUUGAAUUGCCAGACAUAUAUCAUAUAUCAAACCUUACGGCACUAGAAGAACUGAAUCUGAGCGGAUGUUACCACAUAAUUUCAGGCUGGGAAGCACUGACCGCAUUACCACGACUCCGUGUGCUCAACUUAUCGUCCACAAGAGUUACAACCAGUUACGGUGGAUAUUAUAUCAGCAGAUGCAAAUCCCUCAUUACACUGAACCUUGAAUCGUGUGAUAUGACCGAUGCUUCUUGUCUUGCUGAUAUCAAGACACUAGAGGAGUUACACAUAGGGAAGUGCGAAGAGCUAACGCGGGGGUUUAGUGCACUUUUCACUCUUCCACAGUUGCGCAUUCUUAACCUUAUGGAUUCUCUCAUUACAGAUGAAGAUCUCAGGGAAAUUCAACUAUCCCAUACCAUUGAGGAUCUCAACCUCUCUUAUUGCAAGGAGCUUAAUGAUAUCACACCCGUUAGGAGGAUCAAAUCAAUUAAAAAAAUGGACCUCCACCGAAGCUCUGAAGGCAGGGGACUAAGGGAAGGAUUCAGAAGUCUUUUGGAGCUACCAUGUCUUUCCUGGGUUGAUAUCAAAAAUGCUAAUGUCAGUUUUGAUGUUUAUAAAGAACUGAAAGAAAGGAAAGUGGAUAUAUACAACUAG